UCCAGCUGACUGGUGCUUAUUUUCAGCACUACAAGCAAGACAAUGCACAGAAACCACAGCAACUUGUGCUCCAGACUGCUCUAACAGGGUCUGGCUUCAGACAUGUACAUGUUUUUGUGAAUACUACUGUCUUUUUAUAGAGGGUGAUGUCAUGUGUCUCAUGUAGUUAUGGACUAUAAGAUGAAAAAAGCAAGAAAUUACGAACAUCUUGAACCGGAUUACACAGAGGAGCACGAAGAUCCAAAAGAUUACUGCUAUGGUGGGUAUCAUCCGGUCGAGGUGGGAGAUGUGUUUAAUAAGAGAUACAAGGUUCUGUCAAAGCUGGGUUGGGGUUAUUUCUCUACUGUAUGGCUCUGCAUUGACCUCAGGUCAGGCAGGCAUGUGGCAGUGAAGGUGUUAAAGAGCGGAGCUGGAUUCACUCAGGCUGGCCAAGAUGAACUGACAUUACUGCGAUGUGUGAGUGUCUCUCGCUCUUUCUCUCUCUGGUUGUCUGUUUCUCUUUCACUGUGUGCGUGUACACCUCUUCCCUCUCUCCAGGCCAGUGGUCCCACAGUCCGUAACCCUUUUAAAAGACAUAUAGUGCAAUUACUGGAUGAGUUUAAGAUAGCUGGUGUGAAUGGGAUCCAUAUUUGUUUGGUGUUGGAGCUGCUGGGGCCGGACUUGCGCUGUUGGCAGAUGUGUUUUGGUAGUCCAGGUCUCUCUCUCACCUGUGUCAAACACAUCAUCACUCAGGUGCUUGAAGGUCUGGAGUAUCUUCACUGCCACUGUAAGAUCAUACACACAGACAUCAAGCCUGAGAACAUAUUGCUGUGUCUCACACCGCAGUCCCCAUCUCCUCCCCCAGGGGGCGCACUACAAAUGCACACUUCAGCUAUUAAAACCACAAUACUCCAGGAUCCUGGAGCAGCUGGAAAACCUGGAAACUUGGAUAAAAUAACGGUGAAGAUUGCAGACCUCGGCAGCUCGUGUUGGGUGUACAAACACUUCUGUCAAGAGAUCCAGACCAGACAGUAUCGCUCUCUGGAGGUUCUUCUAGGCUCUGAAUAUGGACCUCCAGCUGACAUCUGGAGUGUGGCCUGUUUGGCAUUCGAGCUUGCUACCGGUGAUUCCUUAUUUGAACCCAAAGGAGGGCCGAAUUUCUCCUUAGAGGAAGACCACCUGGCUCAUAUUAUUGAGCUCCUGGGUAAAAUCCCAGUGUCAGUUGCUCAGUCUGGGAAAUAUUCCUCUGAGUUUUUCAACCGCAAGGGUGACCUGCGGCGAAUUGCUGUCCUCCGUCCAUGGGGGUUGUAUGAAGUGCUGGUGGAGAAAUAUCACCUUCUCCUCAGAGAGGCGUCGCUUUUCUCUGAUUUCCUUUUGCAAAUGUUGGACUUCCUGCCAGAGCGGAGGGCCACAGCAACUCAGUGUCUCAAACAUCCCUGGCUAAAACUGUGAGCCUUUCUGGCUUCUCAUACUAGAAAUUGUAUUGUGCACUAGGCUCCAUAAGAUUUGCUGUCCAUGUCUAUGCAUGUUUUGUUCAUGGUGAAUGAAAAGGUCAUGCUUUCAUUUUUUCCAAAUAGGGCUUAAAUGAAUAGUUCACCCAAAAAUUAAAAUUCAGUCAUCAUUUAUUAAUUCUUAUGUUGUUCCAAACCUGUAUGACUUUCUUUCCUCUGUGAAACACAAAGUAAAUGAUGACAGAACGUU